AAAUUGAAGAAGCAAGCUAAAUUCAAGAUGAAUUUAAUACCAUCAUCAAUUACUAAUACAAAUAACUCUCCCGAUAUUUAUCAAACUUUGCAAUAUUCAUGUUAAAGAGUGUAUAAAAUCUGAAAUUUCAAUACAUACAAAAAAAAUAUGAGAUACUCUUCCUAAUUAAAUAUGGAUACAUGGUUCUUAGUUCUCGUUUCUCUCUGUCUUUCCAUUCUUAUUUUCAUAUUCAUAAGAUCCCUCCAAUCCAAUAACCUCCCUCCCGGACCUCUUUACUUUCCCAUCAUUACCGACCUCCUCUUGCUUUCAAAAUCAUUCUCACAACUCGAAUCAAUUAUUCCUAAUUUCCAUGCCAAACAUGGCCCUGUUAUUUCAUUCCACUUCUGCUCUACUCUCUACAUUUCCAUAUCUGAUCGCUCUCUCGCCUACCAAGCUUUAAUCCAAAACGGUACCGUAUUCGCCAGUCGUCCCAAAUCACUUUCUAAAAAUACUCAUCAAUUCAACAUUACAUCUUCUCUCUAUGGCUCCACGUGGCGUGUUCUCCGCAAUAACCUCGCUUCUGUUAUGCUCAACCCAUCACGGUUCAUAUCCUUUUCCAACAUCCGCAAGUGUGUUUUAAAAAACCUUUUGAACCAAUUAAAAUUAGAAGCUAGUUCAAACAAUUCCAUUAAAUUCAUCGACCACGUACAACAUUCUAUUUUUUGCUUACUAGUUUUCAUGUGUUUUGGUGAAAAAAUUGGUAAUGAGAAACUUCAACACAUCAAACACGUCCAACGUCGUUUGAUUUCAAACGCGCGUAAAUUUGGUGCACUAAAUUUCUUUCCAAAAGUGGUCUCUCGCAUAUUGUUUCGAAAACGUUGGCAAGAGUUGUCACUCCUUCGAAACUUCCAAAAAGAGUUGUUUGUUGAACUAAUAGAAUCGAGAAAGAAAUUCAUUGACAAUAAUAAUAAUAAUAAUAAUAAUAAUGAUGAAAAUGUUGUUUAUUAUGUGGAUACUUUGUUGAAUUUGAAAUUACCUGAUGAGAAACGAAGGUUACAUGAGGGUGAAAUUGUUACGCUUUGUUCGGAGUUUGUAACAGCAGGAACAGAUACAACUUUGACAACGUUGGAAUGGAUUAUGGCGAAUUUGGUGAAGUACAAACAUGUGCAAGAUAGGAUUGUGGAGGAAAUUAGAGAGGUGGUUGGUGAUACAGAGGAAAAAGAAGUGAGUGAGGAAGAUUUGGAGAAGUUGCCUUAUCUUAAGGCUGUGAUUUUGGAAGGAUUGAGAUGUCACCCACCUACUCGGUACUUGAUUCCACACGCAGUGACUGAGGAUGUUGUUUUGAACGGUUGCUUGAUUCCUAAGAAUAGGACAGUAAAUUUUAUGGUGGCUGAAGUGGGAUGGGAUCCAACGGUUUGGGAAGAUCCCAUGAUGUUUAAGCCAGAGAGGUUUUUGAGAGAUGUAACAAGUAGUAAUGGAUUUGAUGUUUGUGGUAAAAAGGAGUUAAAGAUGAUGCCAUUUGGAGCAGGGAAGAGAAUGUGUCCUGCUUAUAAAUUGGCUAUGCUUCAUUUAGAAUACUUUGUUGCUAAUUUGGUUUUAAACUUUCAAUGGAAUACUUCACUACCAAAUAGUAAUGUUGAUUUUUCAGAAAAACAAGAAUUUACUAUGGUUAUGAAACAUCCAUUGGAAGCUACAAUAUCUUCCAGGAUAUAAACUCUCUAACAAAACUCCUUUGCUGGGACCUCAAACAAAAAAGUCAUUUUAUCAGUGUUGCAGUGCUUAUUGUUAGUUGAGAAGUUGCACUAAGUCUAGUUUCUAGUCAUUUUAAAUAAGACCUCAAACAAAAAAGUCAUUUUCUUA